AUGAAAAAUCGUACAUCUGUGAAAGAGUUCAUUCUUCUGGGAUUAACAGAUGAUCCAAAUCUAAAUAUUCUGAUUUUUAUAUUUCUAUUUCUCACAUAUAUAUUGAGUAUCACUGGAAACCUGACAAUUAUUACCCUCACCCUGAUAGAUUCACACCUCAAAACGCCUAUGUAUUUCUUUCUUAGGAAUUUUUCUUUCCUAGAAAUCUCAUUUACGACGGUUUCUAUUCCCAGAUUUCUAGUUAGCAUUGUAACAGGGGAGAAGACCAUUUCCUAUAAUUCUUGCAUGGCCCAGGUGUUUUUCUUCCUACUGCUUGGUGGAACAGAAUUUUUCCUUUUGACGGCCAUGUCCUACGAUCGCUAUGUGGCUAUCUGUAAGCCACUGCACUACACGACAAUCAUGAGCAGCAGAGUCUGCAUCCAGCUUGUUCUUAGUUCUUGGGUGACUGGAUUUCUCAUCAUCUUUCCACCUGUCAUCAUGGGGCUGCAGCUGGAUUUCUGUGCCUCCAACAUCAUUGACCACUUCAGUUGUGACUCCUCUCCUAUGCUGCUCAUCUCCUGCUCAGACACAGCCUUCCUAGAGCUCAUGGCAUUUUUCCUGGCAGUGUUCACGCUCAUGGUCACCUUGACCUUAGUGAUUCUUUCCUAUGCAUUAAUUCUUAGGACAAUCCUGAGAAUCCCUUCUGCUGAGCAAAGGAAAAAGGCCUUUUCCACUUGCUCCUCACACCUGAUUGUUGUCUCUAUUUCUUAUGGAAGCUGCAUUUUCAUGUAUGUCAAAACAUCAGCUAAAGAAGGAGUGGCUUUCACGAAGGGCAUAGCAGUGCUCAACACGUCUGUGGCCCCAAUGCUAAAUCCUUUUAUUUACUCCCUGAGGAACCAGCAGGUAAAACAGUCCUUUAAGAACAUGAUGAAAAAGUAUUUCUCAAAUAAAGUUUAA